AUGGCGGCAAAUUUUGAGGUCCGUGUCUUGCUGAGGAAAACAUUCAUUUCAUUUGCUUUAACAUUUUUCUUAUUAGUGCACUUCAUCAACUCAGCAAAGCUAACUGUACCUAGAAUUCUUUUACCUUACAAUACGGGUGUUUCCACGAAUUAUACUUUAGAAGUGAAAGAAGGAGGUUGUUAUAAGUGGAGCUCUAGCCGCUAUGACCUUGUAUCAGUUAUUCCUCUUCCAUCAGAAAGAGAGCGAGCCACAUGUACAACAAAGGCAUUAGUGUCUGCUGUGUCAAGAUAUCCUGAGCAUAACAAUGCCAUCAUAUUGGCUGAAGAUGAAAGUGAUACUUUUUCUGGCUUGGAAGGAGUUGCCUUUCAGUGGUCAUUGGAGAGUGAAUCACAUGCCACAGAUGCUUAUGGUGUAUUACGCUUUUUGAAGUUUGCCGAUUCAGUUUAUAAGACACCCCCAUCCAUAGAAUAUUGGGAGAGACAAAAUCUACAUGGCUCAAUGAUUUUAAUUGAAGGAUCCAAAACAGGUUCUGCAAAAGUAACUGUCAAGCCCUUAGAUCCUGUGUAUAAGAAUGUACAGCCAUAUGAAGUAAGUUUAGUAAUUGUUGCUAAUUUGAAUUUGAGACCUGCUCACACUUAUUUGUUGCCUGGUACAAAAGUUAAAUACAAUCUGGAAUUAAUCAAGCAAGGAAAAGCAUUCCCUAUUAAUUUACCUUCAGACCAGUAUUAUCUUGAAGUAAUUGAUGAAACAGUUGCUACUUUAGAUUCUGCAACAUCAGUUGUUACUGCCUUUAAAUAUGGAUCGACAAAUAUUGUUGUAAAAGAUAGAUAUAUUACGGGGCGUGAAAUUGCUUACCUGCCAUCGUCUGUCAUACAUGUUGCUGUGCCUUCGUACCUUACUCUUUCUGUAUCUCCUGGAGAUAAAUGGAGUUUGGAAGAACAAAAAACUUACUUUGUUUCUGUUCAAAUUUAUGAUCGGAACAGCCAUCCAAUUUAUAUUACAGAGGAUGUUCGAGUGUCUCUGCAAUUUCCGGCUAAGUAUUUUCAAAUAUUGCAGAAAUCAAAUAACGGAACAUUCCAGGUUGUAAAAACACUUAUUCCAGGCUCCUGUCAAGUUUCUGGGCAGUUGCUGGGUGUAGCUUCAAAAGAUGGGCUGGUUCAUAAAGUUCAACCGAUAGUUACUGCAUCACAAGAUGUUACAAUAUAUGAAAGCAUAAGGAUUCAUCCUGUCAAUACUUUGCUUCCCUGGGAUCCUGUUUCCAAGCCUAUUUAUUCAAUUUAUCUAAAAGCAUCUGGUGGGACUGGUAGUUUUAACUGGAUGUCUAGUGAUCCAUCAUUAGGUUCUGUGCAGGCAGUUUAUACAGAUGAUGAACAAAGGGCCCAAGUUUCAACUUUUGGUCUUGGUGCUUUCAAAGUACAUGCAACUGAUGCUCACAUUCCUUAUUUUAGUGGAUCAGCUGAGGUGUCGAUACAGCCCGUUGUGGACAUGCAGAUUUUGCCAUACAAUGUAGAGGCUGAGAUCAAUGGGUCAUUAAUUGUUCCAGUUGCAAUGUAUGGUUAUUUACCAGAUAAAGUUACAAAAAUGUUUAAUAAUUGCUCUGAAGUACCUCUGAACGUAAUAAUUGAUGACAAUCAGAAAUUAACUCUUAUAGAUGGUGUAACUUCGGCUGUAACCUUUUCGGCAUGUCGAAAUAUUUGCUUCAAAUGUCUUUCCAAAGGUUUUAGUAGAAUACGAGCAAAAUAUGAGCUUGAAGAUAUAUCAUUGAAAAAAGCUUUAGUUGUUGGAUGCUAUACAAAACUAAAGGCUAUAUACCCACGAAGCGAAGCUUUAAUAGCUGCAGGCUCAUCUAUGGACUUGAUUUUUGAAGGUGGACCUAAUCCGUGGCCUACAUGCAAAGGACAUUUUGUUGAAGUUUCACCUCAACAUGAUUUUGUGGAUACUUCUAUUGUGAAAAAUUCAUCAGAAUCAACAGAUCUACAUAAAAUAUCUGCAUUUUGUAAAUGGUACGGUGAAGAAGUAUUCACUCUUAAAGUAGGAAAUCGUCCUUGUGAAACCAAUAUUCAUCCUGCAUCAAAUGAAGCCUCUGUCAGAAUAAUUUGUGCAGCGCCAGAUUCGGUUACUCUCCGUCCCGUUCUGCCUUCAGUCGGAGGAAAGAAAUGUCCUGCUUCUGCUGAUAAGGUAAGGAUUGCUGUUCACAGCUCUCAAGAUUUGGAAAUAGAAUUUAUUGUUAAAGAUAGUUAUGGAAGAGAAUUUCUUAAUGUAUCUUCCUUUGAUAUUAAGUGGUAUAUUUCUGACUAUGCAUUAGGUCGUUUUACAAGCAAUGAAGGCAUUCAGACGAAGUGGUUACGAAGCCAAAGAGCCUAUAAAUUGAAAUAUUUUCAACAUCUUCAUCCUUAUGGCUAUGGAGGACAUUUGAAAGUUUCUGCUAGCAUUCUAGGCUACAAGCUUGGUCUUCCUAUUGAAAUAAAUGUAAGUUUUGAAAAACCUUUUCCCGUGAUUAAUAACUCUUUAAAUUUCAUACUUGUGGAUGAAGCGGAAGUGGAACCAAAAAGCUUAUCAAUCUUCAACAGCCCUUCUAAUAAGGUAUAUUUGAAUGUAACUAAAGGAUCUGGGCAUUUUCAAAUUGAAGCAAGUGAUAGCAAAAAAGCUCAUGUUGUGUAUAACAGUAACACUCGUCAAAUAGAAAUCAGUCCUUUAGAAACAGGAACACUCACAAUUACUGUUACUGAUUUGUGCCUUGGAAUUAUACAUGAAGCUGUUGCUGAAGUACAAAUUUAUGGAAUAUCAGCUAUAGUUGUAGAUGUUCUAGACAAAGUUCAGAUAGGAAAAAACAUUACAGCUUCAGUUGAAAUUUUAAAUGAAGAUAUGCAACGAAUUCCAGCAUCGGCCUUCAGCUUAAUGAAUUUGCAAGCAGUAACUGUAUCUGAUAUCAUUUCUAUAAAAUUAUCCUCGGAUCCUGAACCUCACCAAUAUCAAGCUUUCUAUACUAUUACUGGAUCAUCCCUUGGUCUUACUAGUUUUAAAAUACUUACAAAUGCUAAUGUCUUUAAAGGAGUUCAAUAUUCAAGUGAUGUUUAUCCAAUGCAAGUUUUUGCCCCUCUUAAACUCAAUCCUGAUCAUAUCACUCUUAUUGUCGGUGCUACUUUUCAGGUUUUAUAUACUGGUGGACCUCAACCACAGACUGUUGUUGAAUAUACUAUGAAUGAAAAAGAUAUUGCAACCAUAUCUGGUGCUGGUGUUGUUGAAGCAAAGAAAAUUGGUAAAACAUCAUUGUUUGCUCAGUCAGUUGGACUGGACAAAAAAGGAAAUACAGUUGUUUACUCUGAGGAUCAAAUAAUAGUUGACUGCAUUUCAUUAAAAGAAGUGAAAAUUUAUUCACCAUUAUCUAGAAUGGUAGUUGGAACAGAGAUGCCUUUAUAUGUAAUGGGUACUACUGAACAAGAAACACCAUUUACAUUUGGUACUGCUUUACCUUCUGCAAAAUUUAAAUGGAGCAUUAGUAAUGACAAAGUAGCUUCUUUACACAAUCUUUACACUCCUAUGGGACUUGAAGAAACUAAUGAGAACAACUUUCGAGUUGGGUUGAAAGCUCUACAAGAUGGGUUACUUACUGUCCGUGUAGAUGUUACCAUGCCUAAAGAGUCUUCAUUGACAUUUUUUGGUGGUUCGCAAAUUUUAUCAAGUGAAAUUCAGAUACAAGUAUUUAAACAGUUGAAACUAACUAAUCCUGAGAUUGAAGAUGGAUUAAUUAUUCUGUCCAUAAACUCUGAUCUUAAACUUCAGUGCAAUAGAUUUGGUCCUGCAAAAGUUAGUUACAAAAUAUUUCCCCCAGAAAAUAAGAGUAUUGUUCCAGUUCAAGUUGAUGAAGAUGGAACUUUACUGGCUUCUUCAAAAACUGGAUCUGCUAUUUUAUUAGUCACUGCCAUAGAAGAAUUUGGCAUUGUUCAAAGAUUAACUGUAGUUGUUAAGGUUGAGGAAGUUGCAUAUCUAAUGGUAAAACCUUUGGGUGACGUUAAAACCAGAGAUUGGUCUCUUACUACUCUACCAGUUGGAUUUACUAUUCCUUUUAUUGUAACAUACCAUAACAAUAUUGGACAAAAAUUCAAUGCUGUUAGAUCACAGCUUAAAUUUCGGGCAAGCAGGCAUAAUCUGGCUAGAGUAUCUUUUGGUGCUGCAAACAAUACUCUUACGGUUCAAGUUGUGAAACCAGGAUACACUGUUUUAAAGGUCUGGGACUCUGAGUCUGUUAUCCCAGCGGAUUAUAUCAAAAUAGUUACUGGGACUGCUAUUGAUCCUUCUGAUGCUCAAUUGAUUGUUGGUGAUGUUAUAUGCUUCGGAAGCCCACUUUUAACUUCAGAAGGUCAUAGUGGUUUAUGGUCCACAGAAAAAAAUGUACUUUCAAUUCAUUCUAUUUCUGGAGGAGCUGUUGCAUUAGCACCUGGAACUACAACUGUUACCUAUUCCUUACUCAAUGGGCUUAGUACAUCUGCUGAAGUUUCUGUUCUACCUGCUUCAUACAUCUCAAUUGUACCUGGGACAGUUACACAAAUAAGCAAUCUUCCCCGAGCUAAACCAUAUAAAAUUGCAAUUGUGAUUCAAAGUAAUGAUACUCGAAGAACAAAUAAUAUUGUUGGACGAAACUGUUCUCAUGCUACAGAAAGUUCCAUGCCUUUACCUCUUGUACAACCUCCAUUCUCUUGUGAAUUAAAUUUCAUUAGUUCAUCAAUGGAUGUCAGUGUUAAUGACAUAUUUAAAUCAUCGAGUGGAUUUGAUCUUGAAAAAGGAAUGUACUUCUGUAGCAUUGAAUCUACCAAUAAAAUUUCUGUGAAUGAAGCUAGUACUUUAGAAGGACAGCUAUCUUUAACAGUUCAUUUGUUAACUCAGGAUCUUUCCUCCUCACUGUCACAGCAACAUUUGUUAUCCUUUUUGCCAGCUUUCCAUGUGCAGCAGGCUGAUAUAGUUUUAUCUGAUGUGCAACAUUUGACACAAAUAGUUAUUUCAGCUACCCCAGCAGUGCAACGUUGUAUAAAGGCUAUUCCAAGCGAUCAGACAAUCUUAAGAAUCAAGUCUCCUUUACUGAGUUCAACUUAUCCUGCUUCCAUUAGUUUUCCUGUAGAAUUGUAUGACGGAGGUAGUUUUUGGAGAGGAGAGUUCACACCCCUACAUAUAGAUAUUAGCUGCCCUCUCACAAAGCAGCAAGUAAGAAUUCCAGUACGAAUCAAGAAAUUAGAAGUUUCAAUGGAUGGGCCAUACUGUUCACAUUAUUUACCUGCACCAAAUGAAUCAAUGUAUGACUGGUUUUUUAUGUUUAAAAUUGCUGCAGCAGUAUUAACCGUCGUGGCAUUUAUUUACAUCUUGAGGUGGUUUACAACUUCCAGACGAGGGGUCGUUACUACUCAGCCUGUGUUUCUCAAUGACAGUAAUGGAUCUCAUUCUUUUACUUCUGUUCGAAAGUCGUACUCGCCUCCGCCUUCUCAAUUUCCAUCUUUUUCUCAACGAUCUUCUCCUACUGAAGAUUUAGAAAACCUUUCACAUCCUCUUAGAUUAUGCUCUUUAGAUACUUCACCAAGUGCAUUACGCAGACGUUCUGAUAAUAUAUUUAGAUAAAAAUUAUUAUUAGUUAAGAAUUAAUGUAUAAUAGAACUGUGCUCAAACUGUAUGAAUAAUUAUUUUUAAAUGUUCAAAGUUUGUUGAACAAUGAACAUUAAAUUUUUGAAAAUGGCUUAAAACCCAUACUGUGAUAUGACACUAAUUUAUGAAUUCAUUGUAUUUGAGCAAGUGUUAUAUGCUAUACUUAUCAAUUAGUUUACUAAAACUGUCAAGUGCAAAAUUAUGAAAGCCUUAUCACAGUUUUAAAUUUCUAAAAUUGUUCUUCCCUUUUAUUUCUUACUUUUGAAAUGUUUUUGGAAUAAAACCUUUUUUUUUUUUUCAGCUUAGAUCCUAACUGUAUGUGAGGAUUUACAUACAGCUAAGUUUUGUCCCUUGAAAAUUAAAAAUGUAGAAAUUGUGUUUAUCGAACCCUAUUUUAUUUCUUAACAAAAAUUAAAAAUUGCGUUAUUCAUUUAUUUAAUGUUUCGCACUUUUUUUCAAGCAUUCAGUGAGGAAUUUUGUACAAGUGAUAAACAAAGGAUACCUGCUGUGUUAGAUCAUAAAAUUUAUUCUAUGCAAAUAGUCAUUUUUUUACCUGUUGUAUUUAUAAAAUGUUAUGCUCCCAAAGUGACACGUAUUGAAAUUCAAUAUUUAUAUUUUUCAUUAGGACUUUGUCAUUGUGUAAAUUUGAUCCAUAUUGUGUUCACAUUCAUCACAUAAUUUUCACAUAUGUGAAAAUCUUGACUUUUUAUAUGUUUAUAUAUCAUCAUUUUAGCAAGUAAUGUUCAUACAACAACAUUAGUUAUGCAUUUUGUACAAUUUGUUAGUAAAUUUGUAAUUGUUCUAAAAUUCUUGAUUUUGAUACUGUUUGUACAUAAUUUGAGAGUGAAACUGUGUUCAAUAAAAG